AUGGGAUAUGCAAGGGCUCUUAUUGUUGAUCAUUCAGCCGAAACUCUGGCUAGAGCUAUUACCAUAGCAAUAAGAUACAGUGUUGUUAGGAGACAAACACAAAAUAGACCUGGUGAACCCGAGACACAAGUAUUGGAUUAUCAAACUCAACAGUUUAAGCUGUUUCCUUUAUUGGCCUCUGCUUAUGCGAUGAAGUUUGCUGGUCAUUACAUGAUGAAACUUUACACUGAAGUGACUAAAGAAAUUUCUGAAGGGAACUUAAAAUCUCUACCUGAGCUUCAUGCUACUAGUGCUGGUUUGAAAGCAUUUUGCAGUGAACUGUGCUGCAAUGGUAUUGAGUUGUGCAGAUUAAGUUGUGGUGGUCAUGGCUACUCAGCUGCCAGUGGUCUACCUCAACUUUAUGCUGAUUAUUCUCCUUCUCCAACAUAUGAAGGAGAGAAUACAGUUAUGCUACUGCAAACAGCAAGGUGA